AUGGCGAGGACCAAGUCUCGGCCACUGAAUUACUGGAGGAAUUACUUUGAAACUGCGAAGGAUACGAAUAUUUUCAGUAUAAUUGAUCAUGCCAUCAAGGUGGCCGCUUCAGAUUUUCCAAAAGACUUCAGUUUACAAAAGGACAGAAUAGUUGCACGAUUGUCUUGUAUUCAGUGUUUGGGCAAUGAUGAAGAAUCAGCUCAUGGUGGUUGCAAAAGUGGAUCCGAUAGCGAUGGCUGUGAAGGACUACUUGAGGCCGAUGUUAAUAAAGAGAGCAACCUAAGUGAUGAGGCCGAUCGUGUUUCGAUUGAUGACGCUUCUCAAAAUAUUGAUGUAGAGGUCUUGAGGAUCAAGGAAAUUUUUGAAAACAGUGAUAAGGAAAAGGCUAAUGACCCUUCAAUGCUCGAGUCUCUGACGAGACUAAAGAUGAUGACUAUGACUGUGGAGACUCUUGAGGCAACCGCAAUUGGUAAAGUUGUUAGUGGUCUCAAAAAGCAUGGAUCCAAGCAGAUUCGUGAUCUUGCUCGAACACUUGUUGAUGGGUGGAAAGUCGUGGUAAGUGAAUAUUUGGCUACCCAAAAUUCGAAACAGUCCUCUUCAGAUGUUCUUAGCAAACAAAACAAGAAUGAACAACUAGUGAUCAAGAAACAAGAAGUUGUAGCUGUGAAGCCAAUUAAGGCCUCAAACAACAAUGAAGAAAAGAUGCAGCGCUUGGAUGAUGAAGUUGCAGCGCAAGCGAAAAUCGAAGCCACAAAAAGGAAACUCCAUGAGCGCUAUGAGCAAAUUGAGAACACCAAGAAGCAAAGGAUGGUUCAAGUCUUGGAUGAUCUCCCCAAGCAAGGGCCUAAAGUUGGCUCCCACACUACUAAUCUACAUGGAAAGAAACCUGGUUCAGCACAUGGACGGAUAUCCGAUAAGUUGCACAGAUUAAAAAAGCAAGCUGGUGUGGUCGGCAAGUAA